UGCACUACGUUAUGUAUUUUUUUGUGGAAUAGUCACAUAAUUUAACCUGAAUUGGGCAGUACUCACCACUAUUGUGUCAAAAAUUUCUUGCCUCUUGUUUUUUAACACUUACUUGCAAAUGUUUGGUGAAUUCAAGCUGCAGGCUACAUGUUCUUAUACAAUGUGACCAUGACGGAUGUCAAAGUGAAGUUGGAAAAUGAUGUGAAAGAGAACAAGUGGCUGCACAGAGAGCUGACGGAGGCAGUCACAAAUGAGCUUCAGUUGCUACCAUUGACUUCAGGAGCAGAGUGUAACAUAGUAGAGGAGAACGGAUUUAUCGAUAACUAUGAAAGUCAACUCCAACUUUUCAAGCAGGAGCGGAUGCAAGUCACGGAGUUAUGGCAGACUGCAGCACAGGAGCUUGACCAUCUACAGGAGUUCUACCAGAAAAUGUUCACUAAUGGACUCAAUGCCAACGCUACAGGACAACAGCUCAUGCCAACAAACUGUAAUUUCCUAAAGACAGCAACAGGACACAGUACAGAGUUGGAGGACCUACAAAUCCAGCUCAGAACAACCAAAGCUGAUCUGAGAACAGCCAUAGCCAAAGUGGAUGAGAUGACCCGACAGCUCCAGUCUGUUCAGGACCAGCUAAAGAGACAGGAGGAAGAUGAAGCAGAGGCACGGAGUCGAGAGGAAGCAGCACUGAGACAAAUCCAAACCCUUCAGACAACCAUCAGCGAGCAGGACACCAGAAUAAAACUUGCAUCUCAGGAGACAGAGGCUGCACUCAAAGAGCAAUCUAUGUGGGAGAAUACAGCAGGGAACCUAAAGGCCCGCUGCGCUACGUUAGAACAGGAGAAGUAUGAGGGUCUGGACAAAGUGCGAGAGUGUGUUCAGAUGGCUGAGGAAGCAACACUGCAGAAGGAUGAGGCUCAGUUGACGGCAAAGCGUUUGACAGAGGAGCUUGAGAAGACAAAAAAGGCCUUUCGACAGUUGAUCCAGGAUGCUACUCUUUGCUCCAAAAAAGAGCUGAAUAAUAUGCGUCAGCAGUGCAACACUGAAAUGCAAAGUAUGGCUGAGGAAUUGUCUCGAUUGCAACUGGAAUGUGUGGAAAAACAAUCUCAGAUUGAGAGGUCGAAGCGAGAGAGAAAAGCUUUGGAAGAAGAACUGGCAAAGGUGACCAAGUGCAAGGUAGAGCAUGAGUUUAGGAAAAUUGACGCCCUUCACCAGAGGUGUCUAAAGGCAGAGCGGAUGAAGGAUGAAAUAAGCAUCACUUUGCAAAGUACCCAAAGCAAACUAAAAAAGUUGGAAGUGGACUACAAUGAGGAGUUGUCCCGAUGCCAGGAAGAAGUGCAGCAACUAAAGGGCUGUCUGACUGCAGCAAGGGAGGACUGUGCCAGAAUCAGUGAUGAGCGACUCCAGUUGCAACAGGAGAAUGUUCAGUUCCGCAGAGAGAUGGAUGAGCUGCGCAAGGCUUCCUUGCAGGUCCAAAAGAAGGCCAAACAACAGGUUACACAGAUGGCGCAAGAGUAUAGCAUUAAGGAGAAGACACUAAAAGCACAGAUGAGUGACCUGGAGGAGCGCAGUCACAACUCAAGUGCUGAUCUGAUGCGUCUUCUGACAGCACAGCAGAAAAGUAUCCAGCGCUGGAAAGUGGAGGUCCCAAACAUGGCCCAGGCUUUCGAAUGCAGGAUCAGAAAUCUGACAGAAGAGCUGGAUCAACACCAGCAACGUUCACGUGAGUUUGAGAUCCAGCUAAAAAAAAACAACAAUACUAUUGUGAAGUAUGAGAGACAGCUGUCUGAAUUUCGAGACAAAGCCAGUCGCCUCCAGAGACAACUCACUGAAGUUGAGGAACGCACGACACCUUCACAACAGGAACGUGAAUAUGGCAUGCAUAUGAUCUGAAGUACAAAGUAUUCAAGUAUGUAAAGAUGCAAGAAAAAAUGAAGAUCGGAUCACCUUUGAAGACCCAAUUUAUUCAAAAAUCCAGGUAAUUCCCAAAGCAUCCACACACUUUUCCUUGCAACUAUGGUAAGUGAAAAUUAAAUUGAUGUUGAUUCUGUUCUUUUCCCGACAGCUGUUUUGCCACUUC